GGCAAUAUUGUUCAGAAAACAUUGAAACCAACGUUUUGCUCAGUUAAGCAAUCGUAAUAUCUUGAAGCCCGCGUAGGGGCCUGUGCAACCGUGGACAUGGCGCGCAAAACUUUUUCGUUGCUCCUGUUGGGCCUGGCCCUUGCCGCCCAGGCGGAGGAGAUCACUCCCGUCAUGUCGGACGAGCGCGUAGUAUUUCAAACCGAAUACGGCGACAUCACCUUCGGCUUCUGGCCGGAGGUCGCGCCUGUAACCUGUGCCCACAUCUUCAAGCUGGUCCGGAUGGGCUGCUACAUUAGCAACCACUUCUUCCGAGUGGACAAGGGCUUCGUGGCGCAGACGUCAGACGUGGUGGGCGGCCGCUCGCUGCCCAUGAACGCGGAGCAGGAGGCUGAGGCGGGCAAGACCGUGCCGCUGGAGGUGGUGCGGGGGGUCAAGCACCACGCCGGUGUUCUCUCGAUGGCUCGAGGCGCGGAUAAGAACGGCGCGCGCUCCAGCUUCAGUGUGCUCCUUGGCAGUGCGCCGCACCUCGACAUGGAGUACGCCAUCUUUGGGUGGGUGGGCGUGCUGUCCAUGGGUCGAUACGACGACCCCAACUCGGGCGCCUCCAGCUUCAGUGUGUUGCUGGGCAGCGCGCCGCACCUCGACAUGGUGUACACCGCAUUUGCCAAGGUGACUGAGGGCAUGGAGACGCUGCGGAAGCUGGAGGAGCUGCCCACCAAGCGCGAGGGCAUCUUUGUGAUGCCGCUCAAGCGCAUCACCAUCCAGGCCACCUACUGGUACCGCGUCAACCGGCCCGAGCCCACGCUCACGUUGCCAGACACCAAGGUGUGCGAGGACGACCUCCACGAGCUGACGCUGCGCUUCGCUAGCCAGGCGGAGGAGCUGCAGCGCGUGCGCAAGAAGUGCCUGCCUGCGUAGGAUUUGAACAUACGGUACCCAACAUGUAUGUAAAAGGAUGAUGCCUGCUUGGGCUUCAUGCUGCAACAGGGCUUUGCUGACUCCCACGGCCCAGCUUGAAGCGGACUACCUCUGACUGAAGCACAGUUUUGCAUGCGAGGUGUGUGCGUGCAUGCUUGUAGCUGGCUGGGGCUGCAUCCAGCUGCCUAGACGUUGGCGCGAGUGCGUUGGUAUUCGCGGUGUGAUGGAUGUGAGGCAGGAUCAGGCCACGCUGCGCGCCGCAUGUUGGAAGUGCGCGCAAAGCCCCAAGUGCUUAGGUCAAUGUGGACUGCCUCAAGCGGUCAAGAUUACGGUUGACCACAGUAUCAACCUCAGCAUGAGAGUGCUGAGAUGCGUCGUUCCGCAACACUCGUCAUUAUGCGUCAGGAACCUACUGCAACCGUUUGAGCCGUUGAGACACUU